UUUCUUGUUUCUCUAGAGGAAUCUCGACAAUAGCUAGAAUUUAAAAAGAAGAGAGAGGUGGAGUUUUAAAGAAUGAGAUUAAAAUCGAAGAAAAAUCCCAUGAAAACUACACCGGAGCUAUGGCUCUACGUCUGCUUCUUGUGUUGGGGAUGUUGCUGAUGAUUAGCCUUGCUAAGGUUUCAUCUGAUCUGAAGCUAGAGGAAGAAGAAAAAGAACUGCGCCUUCUUGAUGAGACACUUAUUGUAUUUGUGAGGGGCGGGAACAGAAGGCUAAUGCAAAACAUAGAUUGCAGUGGACUGUGCAAAUUGAGGUGCAGUUCUCAUUCAAGGCCCAGCCUGUGCUAUAGGGCAUGUGGAACUUGUUGUGUGAGGUGCAAGUGUGUCCCACCUGGUACAUCCGGAAACAGGGAGCUAUGUGGGACUUGCUAUAUGGAUAUGACCACACAUGGCAAUAAGACUAAGUGCCCUUAGAUGAACAAACACAUUGGAUGUUAGCUCAAUUAGAUUGUACUCCACUCUUCCUCCCAUCAACCAAAAACUUGUGUAAUUCAAGUGUACUGUGUAGGUAUUUUACCUCAAAACAAGAAGUGCGCUCUAGGUUGAUUUCUAUCUACUUAGGAGAUGUGUUGUGCACUUCGGUUGUAUUGAUAUUUUACUUAGUGUUGUGUUGUAGUUUGUUUGUGUGUCAUGGUGUGACCACUAUGAUAUUUGAUUGAGUCAAUUAAAACUUAUUACCUUUGUUUGCUUGAAAUAUAAAACUAAUGCAUUAUCUACCGAGUUUGGGUUUAGUAGAA